AAUAAGUAUUUGAACACCUAUUAGCUAGAAUUCUAACCCUCAAAGACCUGUUAGUCUGCCUUUAAAAGUCCACCUCCACUCCAUGUAUUAUGCUGAAUUAGAUGCACCUGUUUGAGGUCGUUAGCUACAUAACGACACCUGUCCACCCUAUAAAAUCAGUAAGACUCAAACUUGUAACAUAGCCAAGACCAAAGAGCUGUCCAAAGACACCAGAGACAAAAUUGUGCAACUUGACACUGCUGGAAAGGGCUACAGAGAAAUUGCCAAGCAGCGUGGUGAAAAAAGGUCCACUGUUGGAGCAAUCAUUAGAAAAUGGAAAAAGCUAAACAUGACGGUCAAUCUCAGAGUGGAACCCAAUCAAGAUAUCACCUUGUGGGGUCUCAAUGAUCCUUAGAAAGGUGAGGAAUCAGCCAUUUUCAAGGUGACUGUUGGUAAUAUACUAAGAGGUCAUGGUUUGAAAUCAUGCAUGGCACGGAUGAUUCCCCUGCUUAAACCAGCACAUGUCAAGGCCCGUUAAGUUUGCCAAUGACCAUUUGGAUGAUAAAGAGGAGUAAUAUGAGAAAGUUUUGUGGACAGAUGAAACCAAAAUGGAACUUUUUGGUCAGAACUCCACAAACCGUGUUUGGAGGAAGACGAAUGAUGAUUUCCAUCCCAAGAACAGCAUCCCUACUGUAAAGCAUGUGGGUGGUAGCAACAUGCUUUGGGUUUUUUUUUUCUGCACAUGGGACAGGACGACUGCACUGUAUUAUGGAGGGGAACAACCUCUUUCCCUCAGUCAGCAUUGAAGAUGGGUCAUGGCUGGGUCUUUCAACAUGAAAAUGACGCGAAGCACACAGCCAGGAAAACCAAGGAGUGGCUCCGUAAGAAGCAUAUGAAGGUUCUGGCAUGGCAUAGCCAGUCUCCAGACCUAAACACAAUAGAAAAUCUUUGGAGGGAGCUGAAACUCAAUUUUUUUCAGCGACAGCCCAGAUACCUGUCUGAUCUAGAGAAGAUCUGUGUGCCAAAGUCCCUCCUGCAGUGUGUGCAAACCUGGUGAAUAACUACAGGAAACGUUUGACCUCUGUAAUUGCAAACAAAGGCUACUGUACCAAAUAUUAACAUUGUUUUUCUCAGGUGUUCAAAUACUUAUUUGCAGCUGUUUCACACAAAUAAAUCAUAAAAAAAAAAUCAUACAUUGCGAUUUCUGGAUUUUUAUUCUUAGAUUAUCUCCCUCACAGUAGACCAGAAUUUCAUCGAAACCAUCCGGAAGUCGUUCGCCAUGGCCUUACUGACCUCUUCCUACGCCCGGGUUUUUGACUCAGCGACCACCAAAGCUGCAUUCCACUUAUGCCUAUCAGCUGCCCACAGGCCAGAAAUGGCCGAUAGGACUCCUUCUUCAGCUUGACAGCAUCCCUCACUGUUUGUGGGUUGCCGCCAUGACAGGCACCGACCACAUGAGGGCCACAGCUCCGGUCGGCCGCCUCAACAAUGGAGGUGUGGAACAUCGUCCACUCUGACUCAAUGUCCCCCGCCUCUUCUGGGAUGUGAGCAAAUUUCUUUCGGAGGUGGGAUUUGAAAUUCAUUCCGACAGGGGAAUCUGCCAGGCGUUCCCAGCAGACUCUCACAAUAUGUUUGGCCCUGCCACGUCUGACUGGCAUCUUCCCUCACCAUCGGAACCAACUCACCACCAGGCGGAGGGAGGCUACACUAUCAUCCACCGGGGUAAACCCCAACGUACAGCCCCCAAGCAGGGGGGCAAAAAGUAUACCCACACCUGCUCGGCGUUUCUCCCCGUGGGCAACUUCAGAGUGGAACAAAGUCCAACCCCUCUCAAGAGGAGUGGUGCGAGAACCCAAGCAGUGUGUAGAGACGAGUCCCACUAUAUCAAUUCCGAACUUCUUGACCUCACACACCAACUCGGGCUCAUUCCCUGUCAAAGAGGUGUCAUUCCAUGUCCCUAGAGCUAGUUUUUGUAGCCGGGGAUUGGAUCGCCUAGGUCCCCGCCUUUGGCCACCGCCCAGAUCACAUUGCACCCGACCCCUCUGGCCCCUCUCACAGAUGGUGACCCCAUGCGAAGGGGGACCCAUGUUACCGUUUCAGGAUGUGCCUGGCCAGUGGGUGCAGGCCCAGCCACCAGGUGCUCGCCUUCGAGCCCCACCUCCAGGCCUUUCUCCAGAGGGGGGGCCCCGGUGACCCGCGUCCGGGCAAGGGCAACUAAGAUCCAAUUUUUGUACUCAUCAUAGGGGUUUGGAGUCGUACUUUGUCUGGUCCCUCACCUAGGACCAGUUUGCCAUGGGUGACCCUACCGAGGCACGAAGCCCCAGACAACUUAUCUCCUAGGAUCAUCAGGACAAACAAACCCCUCCACCACGAUAAGGUGACUGCUCGAGGAGGGGUUGCUUUAGAAUCAAAUCAUGAAAACAAGCGUAAGGAACCAUACUGGAUAAUAAAAUGGAUUGGAUAUGAUUCAGAUUUUCCACCCAACGGGUUUGACAUAAAAUGGAAACAAUAGGCAGAAAAGGGACUCAUCCUACAUCGUGAUCUUUAUGAAGGGCGGGUGCACUUGGACAAUUCCAGGAACUAAAGAGGCAGUUUAUAUUAAACAAGACUUUUAUAGAUCUUUGCAAUUGCGACAUUUCCUAGAGAAAAUAAUGGAAAAAGAAGAAUCAUAAACUAAUCUGUGUAUGGUUAAGAUAUUCCUUCUUGCUUAUAAGUCAGACCCAGGGGAUGGAAACAUCUAAGAUUAGAAUAUUACUGGCUUUAGAUUGUGAUGUGUGUGUGUGUGUGGUGUGUGUGUGUGUGUGUGUGCGUGUGCAUGUUUGUGUGAAAAUAAGUAUUUGAACAUCCUGCUAUAUUGCAGGUUCUCCCACUUAGAAAUAAUGGAGGGGUCUGAAAUUUUCACCAAAGGUGGAUGUCCACUGUGAGAGAGAAUCUAAAAAGAAAAAUCCAUCAAUCACAAUGUAUGAUUUUUUUUUUUAACGAUUUAUUUGUGAGAAUCUGCUGCAAAUAAGUAUUUGAACAGCGUUCUAGUAGCUAGAUCUCUGAUCCUCAAACAUCUGUUAGUCUGCCUUUAAAAGUCUACCUCCACUCUAUGUGAUAUCCUGAAUCAGAUGCACCUAUGUGAAGUCGUUUGCUGCAUAAAGACACUUGUCCACACCAUACAAUCAGUAAGACUCAAACUUGUAACAUGGCCAAGACCAAAUAGCUGUCCAAAAACACCAGAGACAAAAUUGUACAACUCCACACGGCUGGAAAGGGCUAUGGAGAAAUUGCCAAGCAUCUUGGUGAAAAAAGGUCCAUAGCAAUCAUUAGAAAAUGGAAGAAGCUAAACAUGACAGUCAGUCUCAAUCGGAGUGGAGCCCCAUGCAAGAUAUCACCUUCCAUGAUCCUUAGAAAGAUUCUACCCACAGCCCAACGACUACUUGAUGAGCUGUUAUCCUCUCAGUCUACUGCAAUCAACACUAUGUGUGGAGCUCCAGACCCCACUGCUGGACCUUCAGCCUCUGAUCAGAGCACCUGGUAUUUGGACGAAUCAACUCUCAGUGACAACAUCAAAAAGACAUUACAUAAAUUCUGUGGGCCUUCACCUGUUGUCUUCAGUGAUGUAAAUUCCAUGUAUCUGUCAUCCACUGAGCCACCAGCUGCUGCUGAAUGGGCCUGUCUCCUAAGACCUUUACGAGGCCGAGAGCCCGAGGGCAUCUGGAACCUUCUAUCUAUUGUCAGGGAGAUGUUCAAGAGACGAGAUAGCAAUGCUGCACCGCUUCUGGAGAUCCUCACUGAGCAAUGUCUAACAUAUGAACAGAUAAUCAGCUGGUGGUACAGUGUUAGAACGUCUGCAUCCCACAGCAGUGCCAGUGGGCACACUGCACGGAGCAACUGCCAAUCGGAGGUAGCCGCACAUGCCUGUGCCAGCAUGUGUGAUGAAAUAGUGAUACUGUGGAAGUUAGCAGUGCUAGACCCAACUAUGAGCCCUUGCAGGCGGCUGGAACUGGCAAAUCACCUGAAGAACUGGCACCUUAAAGUUAUCGAGAUCGUGAAGCGUGGCCAACAUCGGAAGUCCCUGGAGAAGCUUUUCCAGGGCUUUAAACCUGCUGUGGAGUCCUGUUAUUUCAACUGGCAGAUGGCCUACCCUUUGGAAGGCAUCACAUACUGCAGUGUUGAAAAGAAGACUGCCAACUUCUGCUGGCCGAGGGGAAUUAAACAACAAAGAGCAGCAAGAGCUUCUGCAGGAGGUAUGGGGGAAACUCCUGAACCAGGAGGACCAGAUUGUAAAGCAACAGGAAGUGGUCAUUUUUUUCAGGAAGAAGUUGUAGUGAGACCAAAGGAGACAAUGUUAACCAAAAAGAAGGCUUUUUCUGUGAAUGGAGGCGGAACUAUGUUGGUUCGUCUGGGAGGGGGUCUCUCACUAUCUCGAGAAGAUGGAGGUGGGAGGUGUUUCUACAAAGGGCCAGGUGGUACCUCUGGGGGGAAACUGAAACUGAUCAAGGGCUUUGGGAAGGGGGGGAUUUUAGGAGGAUGUAAAAAUAUAAAUUCCAAGCAAAGAGCCAGCAGCGAAGAUAGCUCUCUAGAUCCAGACCUAUCUGAACUCAGCCUAGAUGAUGGACAUAAUCUGGCUUUGGGGGCUGAGGCAAGCAACACAUUUGAAUUUCUUCCCCCGACACCAGAGAUGUUUCCCAUCCUGAGUCCACUGGUUCCUGAGUCAUGCAGUAAUGCAUACAGCAGCAAUAGGACCAAGACAUUGGACAUUAAACAUAGCCAAGUCGUAGAUGGCUGUCAUGCUGUAGAAACCCUGCCACCCAAUUUACUUCUCAAAAAGUCAGACAUGGUUCUGAUUGAUACUUCAAUGAGAUUAGAGGGUCAGCAGGAACAGGAGGCGGACUCAGAACAGAACAAAGAUGUGGAUUCAUCUAACAGCGACCAGCCAUUUGCCAGUUCAUGCAAUAAUUCAUUUUCUAUCAAGAUUCCCAAAACAAGUGCUGCUAUCGCAGCAGACAAUAGUACACCCACUGUGUUUGGAAUCGCCCAACAAGAAACAGAAGCCGCUAAUGCAAUUGAUGUAGCUAUGUUUGAAGAUGACUAUCAGGUCUACUACUUGAGCCCUGCUUCGGAAGACGGAACUGACCGACAGCUGGUUGACAACUACCAAGAGAAUCCAGAUGUAUUUGCAGGCAUCAAACCAUUAGAUCAGGAGGGCCGCAUGGAGGUGCUGUUUGCAUGUGCUGAGGCCCUGCAUGCUCAUGGAUACAAGAACGAGGCAUGUCGACUGGCUGUGGAUUUAGCAAAUGAGCUUUUGGCAAACCCUCCAGACCUAAAAGUGGAACAGCCCCAGACAAAAGGUAAGAAGAAUAAAGUGUCGACAGGCCGUCAGACACAGAUAGCCACCAACACAUUGUCGAAAGCAGCCUUCCUCCUCACUGUCCUCAGUGAUCGACUGGAGCUCCAUAAUCUGGCCUUCAACACCGGCAUGUUCUCCUUGGAACUUCAGAGACCGCCAGCUUCUACAAAAGCUUUAGAGGUGAAGCUGGGAUACCAAGAGUCAGAUAUUGUGGCUCUGUUGAAGAAACUUCCUAUGGGUCUUGUGGAAAUGUCAGUUAUCAGAGCAAGAGCUGAGCAACUCAGAGAUGGAAACUACUGUGGUUACAGACCUGUCCUUCCUCUCAUGUUGGCCAGCUUUAUUUUUGAUGUCCUUUGUGCCCCAGUUGUCUCUCCAACUGGUUCCAACCCACCAAGCCGCAAGCACAACAGUGAGAUGCCCGGUGAUGAAGAGCUUGGCUUUGGGGCAGCUGUUGCAGCACUUGGAAUGAAGACAACAGUAAGUGAAGCAGAGCAUCCUCUGCUUUGUGAAGGAACAAGAAGAGUUAAGGGAGAUCUUGCUCUAGCCCUCAUGAUCACAUAUAAAGAUGACCAGAGCAACCUGAAGAAGAUACUUGAUAAAUUGCUAGACAGAGAGAGUCAGACCCACAAACCUCAGACCCUGAGUUCCUUCUACUCUAGCAAGCCUGCAGCUGGCAGCCAACGCAGCCCGUCAAAACAUGGCCCUUCAGGUUCCUCUGAAACUACGUUGGUGGCUGCUUCUUCCAACUCAUCUGCUGUGAUAUUGACUUGUGAAGAGCUGGAAGAGCAGAAAUCAGUCCAGAAAAACAGAGCAGCCCGGAGCACUUCUGAUUUGGUCACUGGGGUCAAUCGAAAUGACUGUGAAAAUGAAUCAACCCCAUUUAAGAUUGACAGCACUGUGCCGAGCCGGUUGGCGCUGGGGGCACGCUGUGGAUAUAGCCAACGCUGCUGGGGAUCUCCUGCCCGACAGAAGAAGAAACACACUGGCAUGGCAAGUAUUGAUAGCAGUGCUCCAGAGACAACCUCAGACAGUUCUCCCACUCUCAGCCGCCGGCCAUUACGAGGUGGCUGGGCACCAACGUCGUGGGGUCGUGGUCAAGAUAGUGACAGCAUUAGUAGCUCAUCUUCAGAUUCGCUGGGAUCAUCCUCCUCCAGUGGAUCUCACCGGGCAGGAGGAGGUGCCAGAGCCAAGAGCAUGGAUACCAGCCGGUACAAAGGGCGUCGUCCAGAGUGCCAUGUGCCUCAUGUGCCGAACCAGCCAUCAGAAGCUGCAGCUCACUUUUACUUUGAGUUAGCCAAGACUGUGCUCAUUAAAGCUGGGGGAAACUCAUCUACCUCCAUCUUCACCCAGCCUUCUGUUAGUGGGGCUCACCAGGGACCCCACAGGAACCUGCAUUUGUGUGCCUUUGAGAUCGGCUUGUAUGCUCUUGGUCUCCACAACUUUGUCUCUCCCAACUGGCUGUCAAGAACCUACUCCUCACAUGUGUCAUGGAUUACAGGUCAAGCAAUGGAGAUUGGCAGUGCUGCCCUCACCAUUUUGAUGGAGUGUUGGGACGGUCACCUCACACCUCCAGAAGUAGCAUCACUGGCUGACCGUGCAUCACGGGCUAGGGACCUCAACAUGGUUCGUGCAGCUGCGGAACUGGCUCUGAGUUGCCUGCCUCAUGCACAUGCACUGAAUCCUAAUGAAAUCCAGAGAGCCUUGGUGCAGUGCAAAGAACAGGACAACAUGAUGCUAGAAAAAGCCUGUAUGGCAGUAGAGGAAGCAGCUAAAGGUGGAGGUGUGUAUCCUGAAGUCUUGUUUGAGGUCGCUCAUCAGUGGUACUGGCUGUAUGAACAUUCAAUCAUAGAAGGCUUUAACCAGCAAAGAGAGACUUCUGGACGGUGUAGGGCCAAUGGAAGUAUCAACAGAAGGCCCCCAGAGGCUAGCUGUGGUGUUUUCGAUGGUGGAACCAAUGUGGAGGUGGCUGGGAUUACCGUCACAGGUUCCGUCACAGCAGCAGCUGUUGUACCCGUUAUCUCUGUGGGCUCGAACAUGUACCAGUCUCAUGCCAUUUCAGGGCAGGUAAUGGCACAUCCACAUGCCCAUGGCCUUCACCCCUAUGCCACCAUCCAGACUCAUCUGCCCACAGUUUGCACCCCUCAGUACUUGGGUCAUCCUCUGCAGCACACACCCAGACCUGCUGUCUUUCCCGUGUCCGGAGCUGCAUACCCCCAGGGUAUGCACUCAGCCUUUAUUGGUGCCCAGUACCCAUUUCCAGUGGCUCCCGUUCCCUCACCUUCCAUGACAGCCACUGCUGUGACCUUCCCUGCAAUCUCUGUGCCAUCUCUGACACAGAUUUCCUAUCCCUACCUUUCUGAGAGCAGUCUACCAAUUAACACCACUGUAACAGUUGGGAGUAUCCAUGCUGGCUCCACUUUACAGGCCAUUCAGGGUUCCUCUGUUUCCUCCCAGCCCAGUCCAUUGGUCAGCACUUCCUUCCCAGUAGAGGAAGAGCAGCAUCACCAGCCAAUCAGCCAACAGGGCAUGCACUACCUCCAUUCUGCCUAUAGAGUUGGUAUGUUAGCACUGGAGAUGCUGGGAAGGAGAGCUCAUAAUGACCACCCAAACAACUUUUCCCGAAGCCCACCCUACACUGAAGAUGUAAAAUGGCUGCUGGGGCUCGCUUCAAGGCUAGGAGUCAACUACGUAUACCAGUUCUGUGUGGGAGCAGCUAAAGGUGUCCUCAGUCCAUUUGUUCUUCAGGAGAUUAUCAUGGAAGCUCUUCAGAGGCUGAAUCCCGCUCACAUUCAUGUUCACCUCCGAACACCUGCCUUCCACCAGCUUGUUCAGCGCUGCCAACAAUUCUACCUUCAGUAUAUCCAUCACAGACUCAUCCACUUGACACCUGCUGACUACGAUGACUUUGUCAACAUCAUCCGCAGUGCUAGAAGUGCUUUCUGUCUCACGCCUGUUGGUGUUAUGCAGUUAAACGAUGUACUUCAGAACCUGAAGAGAGGCAAACAGACUAAGGAACUAUGGCAACGCAUUUCCCUGGAGAUGGCAACGUUUUCGCCUUGAAUUUGAAGGUCUGGAGGAAUCCAUCACGACUGCUGCUGGGUUGAGUCACUCAUUAUAAUUUUUUGUCUGAAAUCUCAUUUCCACCCGAGUGCCACCCCCGGCAAUAUAGUCUGCAUAAACACAGCACAUCCACUUCCAAUUCCUGUUUGUCAGACAUACGUAAUAUUUCUUUUUGUUUUUCCAGGUUUCUACUGAAAAAAUGGUAAAGGGGAAGCUGUUUUUAUUUUUUUCCCAAGAAAAAUGCCAGCUCCAUACAUUUUUGCAAUCAGGAGCAUUGUUUUGAUGUCGAACAAAAAGCAUAUCAAUCACUAAAUGUUCUUUUUUUUUUAAUAUCUAAAACUGAAAAAUUAUUUUCGGAGAGAGCUAAAAAUUGAGUAAUUCAGAAAAAUUUGGGGAUAUAUAGUUUAUGAUGUACAGCAGCAACUGGAUAAUGUGAGGCCUUUGUCCCUGAACACUAACUUUUGAGCAGCAUGUUAUCUAAUGUAAAGAAAAAUAAAGUUAUUACAUUAGCUUUUCUCAUAGGUGAAGAUUUUUCAGGAUUCGUUUAAAUUUGAGCGCUCUGUUUGUUUAUAACAUGCCAAAUGCCAAGAUAAUGAUAAUCUUAAAUUUGGUCUUGUACUAAAAAAUGUUUUACAGUUUAGCACACUUUUGGAGUAGUAUGAAUAUUGCCAGAAAGCCCAUUUGCGGCAACUACUUGACCAAGCAUCGUUACUUUACAUUUAUUUUUUGUUGCUUUAAAUUCAAGUUUGGAGCAGUUUUUAUUGUCUGGUGAGAUGAUCUACAUUAUAGCAAAGAUAAUGUGCCUGUUGAACAUCAACACUUAACUGGUGAAGUGCAAACUCAUUCCUUCAGAAUUAUUUGAGGCAAUCCUUAGAUUUUCUUUAAUUCUGUGCGUUGUUUAAUUCUUUGUGUUAUGAGCAUUUGGGUCAAUUGCCAUUGUUUGUGCUGAGGUAGGUUUUCAAAUACAAAUGGGUCACGUUUAAAUGGUAAAUGCACUGUAUGUAAUUUUUUUUACACUUUUUUUUUGGGGGGGGCGUGGGGGAAUAAGUAUUUCCUUCCUCUGUUAAAUCCAAUUUAUAUACGGGUCAUUUUCAUAUAAUUUAAUCUGUAACGGUCAGGACAUUUUGUUUUGGGGGAAAAAAAGGGAUUACACCUUGUUUAUUGGUGACUUCAAAUAUUUAGAAUUCAUAGUAACGUUAAUACUUUCAAUCCCAGUGAUUGAGCAAAAUGCUUCAUAGAAAAUCAUGUGAGUUGCACAAUUUCCAUUUGUUGCCCUUCAAAUUUUCCGAAUACAAGUGCAUUAAUGAGCCGAACUAAUCAUUCACCACAUUAGACUCUUAUGUUUAUACAAUCGUUAUAAUGGCAAUGACAUGCACAAUAUCUGAGAAAUAAUCUUUGCCUACUGUUUUGUCAAUGCAAAAUGGCUGCCAUAUUCUGGCAAGGUUAGGUCAUAGAUUCCUAUGGUGUAUUGCAACAACAUAAUGAGGCUCUCUUUAGUGGGAUUAAUGGAAAAGUCAAGUUCAAUUACCGUAUAUAGCCGUAUAGCCACAAAAGGCACAGUCUGGUGCUGUGCAAUGUUCAUUAAGAUCCCAUAAGAAUCCUUUUAAAGGGACUAGGCGCCACAGGGAAAUAGCCUUUGAUGGUGACCUGGUCGGUCAGAAGAGAAUCCUUUAUGACGAGGACUCAGAGUGAAGUGGUCCAUGUCAAAUCUUGUUUGUAUACAAGUUUGUAUAUGUGAAUAAAAUAUCAAUGGGAAUAA